AUGAGGGGAUGCCUCACAUGUCGUCUGCGCCAUCUGAAAUGUGACAAAUCUGGUUCGAAAUGUUUGCGCUGCCAAAGAUCUGGCCGUGAAUGUGUGCCGGCCCCCGGCAAAUCUGAAGAGGUCUCUUUUCGCCAUGGCCAAAAUCCUUCCUUGCGGGGAAAGGGACCCCCGAGGUACGGCGAGAGUGAUCUCGCUUUCCCCGAUGAUCAGGUGUGGGUUGAAACGUCUGCCGACUUCGACUUCAAAGAUGAAACAGAGCAGACCGCAGCUGAAUAUCAUGUUGUACCGGUGACAAGGCAACUGUCACCUGGAAGAUCGUCCGAGGAGGGUUCGACUCCUUCCUCUGCGAUGGACUCCUCCCUGACGACUCCUAAUCUCACUAUCCCUCGUUCGAGUUAUUUCGACUCGAGGUCUAAUUCGGGCACUCCUCGCUCUUCAACCACGCCCAUCGGCCAGCCGAGGCUAAGUAAUGUCAGCGAAGCAUACUUACUUCGCCAUUUUCAGAAGCAUCUUGCUCCUUGGCUUGAUGCAUGCGACCCUAGCCGACACUUUUCCACAAACGCUGUUGAGCGCGCUACUCACUCACCAUUAUUGCUUUAUGCAUGUCUAGCUGUGUCCGCAUGCCAUUUAUCUAAAACAACCAGCACACUCGCCAUAGAUGUUGCACACGCCUAUCAUGAGCGCUGUAUCACGAUUAUGCUCCCGGUUCUCGACAAACCCGAAUUCGACAUCAGCAUCGACAUCCUCCUCCCAUCAACUGUGAUCCUUCGAUUUUUCGAAUCUAUCUCCGGUACGCCUCGCCUCGUCACUGCAAAUUCCGACGCUAAUGCCACCACAGCACACAGUCCCCCUCAUGACGCACAGCGUCAUCUCCUGGCCGGCUCCGUCUACAUCAGCUCGCACGUCGACUGCGCUAUCUCCGGUGGACUGGCUUCGGCUUCUUUCUGGAUGUUCGUCAUCCAAGACAUUCAAUUCUCGCUUACGUACCAGAAAUGCCUCCGGUUGACUUUUGCGCCCUUCGACGAGGGUCUCCGCCGUUGGUGGAGCGCCAAGCCCACCCUGUCCGAUGGUGACUGGACGAACCGGGCAAUCUGGCUGUUGGCCGAAACUGUUGACUUUUGUUAUAAUAUCUCGGGCCGAAACCAUGAUGGCCGACUUGGCAGCGCGGUUGAGACUGCGCUGAGGAGACGUAUAUUCGAAUGGGAGCUAGAGAGGCCGAAUACUUUCGCGCCGUUGCAUCUUUCUGCGCCAGAUCCUGGGAGGGGGAAGCCUUUCCCGGUGGUCUGGUACACAAGCUUGUGGCAUGCAACUGCAAUCCAGCAGAUCUGCAUGGCCAAGGCAUUGAUGCUUAUUCGGGAAUUGGAGUUCUAUGACCGCAGCAUGUUGCACAUGGAACUACCCAUGAAAUUGAAGGCCGAUCUCACUGAAAACCUCCAUUUCAUGUUCGGCAUCGCUGUAUCUACCGAUGACGAACCUUCGCUGCGUAUUACAGCCUGUCAUGCAUUAUUUGCUUGUAUCGCUUGGGUUGAGGAUCCUCUGGUUCAAAGCCAGCUGUUUGAUCUGCUUCGUCGCACAGAACGUGAGAACGGCUGGCCGUGGGGUUAUGUGCAACAUCAAGUCGUACAGGCUUGGAGGCCAACCUUAUAG